CCACGAUGAUCAUCGAACCAGCCAAGGCGGACGAAAUACAACGCGAGCGCCAGCAGAACCGGCCAGGAGACGAAGCACUUCCGCCACCUGCAUACAAUCUCGAACCAUCCCCCUCUGCAUCAUCUUCAUCCCAGACUACUCCACCCAACAGCUAUCGCUUCACGAAUGCUAGCUCCUCACUAGACCGCUCAAUCCAUUCUUCGCAGGCAUUUGCCCAGCCUCGUUCGACCGGAAGCGGAACCCAUGCACCCCCACCUCAGAUCGUGCUUGCACCUCCCGACGAAGAGCCUUCGAGUUUUCCGUAUCAAACCAGGAAUGAUGUUUCCUACGCUCCUCCUGGCUUACGACAAGGAAGCGCGGACGUCUACGACAUCCAGGACCGCGGCGCGGGACCCAGCCGACCGCACCGUCAGACCAGCGCACCUUGGUUGAGCCCAUCGAUGGGUCUCAAGGACCUACCAAUGAAUCCCGGCCAGAGACAAAGUGUUGACAAGAACCACUUCCCCCGUCCCCCGUCACCAUACGACGCAUGGGAGCCGCAUUCUCAACCAUCUGGCUCCUCUCGCUCUUCCAUCGCGUCUUCGUCCCAGGGCCCUCCACAGGCAUGGAACCGCCUUCCUCCCUCGCGCGAUGCGUCGACAACUUACGCGCCGUUUGAGCCUCCGCUCGUGCUCCACUCGCACUCUGGGCAUCUCAGCAAAGGCUUCCCGAAGCUCCCGCCACCCUGCGCAUUUGCCCCUCACCCGUUCGCAACGCAUGAUAUCAGAGGAGAGGACUGGCAAAAGUUUUUGGCGGACAUCAAGAAGACGGCGAGUGUAAUGGGUGACAUGGUCGUAAAGGGAGUCGCGCCCGCGAUCAGAGAACAUACACCACUUGGCGGGCUUAUCGGUCUUGUAUUCGACGGCGCCAAGAAUGCGAUCAAGGCCAUGUCGGGUGGACCAAAGCCGGGCACGGUGGUCGAUGAUUGGAAUACUUUUUUCUUCAACCCGCGUCGACUGAACGUCACCCUUCUGCAAGGCCAACGGCGCCUCUCAGGGUUCAGCGCAGAGCAACACAACGCAUCCUACGCUCGCUCGUCCUCUACAUCGAAGCCAUCUAUCCCGUCGCGGCCAAGCCCUCGCGCAUGGGACCCCGCGUACAUUUCCCAUGUCUCGGCAUCGGCAUCCCAGCCUAUUCCUCCCCUCUCGCCGCUGUCGACCUCUUCAUCCUAUCCAUCUCCUCCACCAAGCGCGGGGUUGCUAACCCCAAGUCCAUACGCGCCACACGGAAGCCACAAGAGAUCGUCCUCGGCCGCGUCGUUGCGCUCCAGCAUGUCGUUUGAUCGCCAUAGCAGGGAGUUCGACGAGGGCCGGUAUGACGAGAGCGUGGACUACAAAGGGAAACAGCCUCAGUCACGGACGCUACGCGCUCGCGAGAAGGCGGACACGCAGUUUACGCUUGUCGUCGAGCCUUUCUAGGUUGGUUGGUGGAGAUGCGAUAUUUAUAUGCGGAGGUGCAGUGUUUUAUAUCAUGCUACAUGUCUUGCCAUGUAUUUCCUUCUCUGGUCACCUUUUGAACUCAGUCGUCAUGAUGACACCAUUGGCGUGUGUUGUAUCCUACUACUUUCCUGAUUUAAGACAUGAGUU